AUGUCCAACCAACACUCCUCAACCUUCCAAUCCGCCUCCUACUCCUUUUCCUCGUCUACCGUCAACGGAGAGACCCGCUCCCGCAGCGAAGCGACCUACAGCGACCCCUCUGGUACUAAAGUCCACCGUUCUUCUCAAGACCCGGGCCAAGCGGCGCGCAUAGAGAAAUUGGAGUAUGACAACGCUGGAAGGCGGAUUGAGGACGCGGGUGCAAGGGGCAGGAUCGAGGACGUGACAGACAAGGAAGAGCAGGAACAGAGGAAUAGGGAGUAUGAGGAGAGGAUCGAGGACGAGUAUGCGAAGAGGGAAGGUGGUGCUUAG